AUGGAUGAGAUUGCUAAAGAGUACGAUGUCAUCGUUUUGGGCACCGGUUUGACCGAGUGUAUUCUUUCUGGUGUCUUGAGUGUCAAGGGCAGGAAAGUGCUGCACAUCGACCGCAACGACCACUACGGAGGAGAGGCCGCAUCAGUAAACCUCGAAACGCUAUUCAAGAAGUAUGGCAACUACGCAAAAGGCGAGGAGCCAUGGAAGAAGUACGGCCGAGCCAACGAUUGGAACAUCGACCUCGUCCCUAAGCUUCUCAUGUCCUCGGGCGAGCUGACCAACAUCCUCGUCUCCACCGACGUCACCCGCUACCUCGAGUUCAAGCAGGUCGCCGGCAGCUUCGUCCAGCAAGGCUCUGGUGCCAAGGCUGCUAUCGCCAAGGUUCCAUCUGAUGCUGCCGAAGCUCUGCGAUCUCCUUUGAUGGGCAUCUUCGAGAAGCGACGGAUGAAGAGCUUCAUAGAAUGGGUCGGUACCUUCGACGUCAAGGACUCCGAGACACACAAGGGUCUUGACUUAAGCAAAUGCACGAUGAAGGACGUCUACGACAAGUUCGGCCUUGAGGUUGGCACUCGGGACUUCGUCGGUCACGCCAUGGCUCUUUACCUAAACGAUAACUACCUCGAUGAGGCUGGCAAGGCCCCCGAAACUAUCGAGCGUAUUAGGAUGUACGGUAACUCGGUAGCAAGGUACGGCAAGUCGCCUUACAUCUACCCUCUAUACGGUCUCGGCGAGCUGCCCCAAGGUUUCGCACGUCUGUCCGCCAUCUACGGCGGUACGUACAUGCUGAACACUUCCGUCGACGAGGUCCUGUACGAGGGCGGCAAGGCGACCGGCAUCAAGGCUACCAUGACCGGUAUCGAGCCCGAGAUGAAGUUCGAGACCAAGGCCAAGUUAAUCCUCGGUGACCCUUCGUACUUCCCCCAGAAGGUUAAGGUUGUCGGUCACGUCCUAAAGGCAAUCUGCGUCCUGAAGCAUCCCUUGGCCGGCACCAACGAGUGCGACUCCUGCCAGUUGAUCAUCCCUCAAUCCCAGGUCGGUCGCAAGAACGAUAUCUACGUUGCCUGUGUCUCAUCGGCGCACAACGUCUGCCCCAAGGGCUACUACAUCGCCAUCGUAUCCACGAUCGCCGAGACAUCUGCCAACCACCACCUAGAGCUACAACCUGGUCUAGAACGUCUCGGCCAAAUCGAGGAGCAAUUUAUGGGCCCACCCAUCCCGCUCUACGAGCCUCUCGAGGACGGAAAGAAGGACAACAUCUUCAUCUCCAAGAGCUACGACGCGACGUCGCACUUCGAGACGACCACCGACGACGUUAAGGACAUUUACGCGCGCGCUACCGGUGAGGAGUUGAAGGUCGAGGGUCUCCGGGAGGGCCUCCAGGUUGCCGAGGAGUAA